UCCAGAACAACCACGGCUCGAACACGAGCUCGAUUUCACUCAGCUAGGGCGGACCCGGUCCCAACUCAAAUUGCUAACCAAGACAACAUGUGCAUAAUUAUACAAGCCAUGUCUAUCAUGCCCAGGGGUACCUCAUCUAACACCGUCGGGUCUGGGACAGUCCAGACUCCAAACUCCAAAGCUCCGUACAAAACCACACAGCACGUGGAAAGGCACCGUGCCCUUGUCAGCAUCCAGCCUAUCUACAGCACGCUUCAUUCCUUGCUGCGGGGAAUGUGCUGAACCCUGCCAAACUGUUUCGUUCAAGCUGUCAUAAACCAUGACUUCGUAAGAUAC